AUGUCCUCAUACUUAAACACUUCAGUUUAUUCUAAUUGCUUUGAGAUGAUCUAUUCAACAAUUCCAAAAUAUAAUUUAAGCCCAAAUUCAACAUAUACAUUUUUAGUGACUGCAACAAAUAUAAUUACUAACCAAGUCCAAUAUGAAAAUUUGACUAUUGAUAUUCCAUAUUCUGGAUUAAUUUGUUAGUUUAGCAAUCGAGGAAUUUAAAGUAUAAGGAAAGACCUGAAUCUCUAUGUUGAUUGCAAAGAUUUAGACACAAUAUUUGAUUGGAACAGUGAUCCAGAUUUGUCAAUUUAAGUAGCAUGUAAGGAUUUAUAAAUGAACAGCACAUGUUUAAUUGAACAAAAGCAAAUCAUUAAUGUUAAUUAGACUGCUCCAUAUUAAUUCAUCAGAAGGAAUUCGAUCUCUACUUUCACAGUUUAAGAAUGGUCUGUAAUAGUCACAAAAUAGCAACAAACUUAGAAAUUUUCCUUAAUUAUUGUUUAUCUAGAUGAUGAUUUUCCUAUACUAGACCUAGAAUUUAAUAAAGGUUAUUUGAUGAGAAAAAUUAACAAUUAUGAAUAACUGAAUUUUACAUUUCUGAUUCCUUUUGACUAAACGCCUUACAUUUUAGAUUUAUCAAUCGCAAUUAUUUAUAACUAUGAAAUAAUAGAAAUACUGCAACCAAAAUACGUUUCCCAUUAAUUCAAGAUUUUUAAUAGCAUUAAGGAAUUAAAUCUCGGUGACGAGGUCAAUAUCAAAUUUGCAGCCUAGUAUACCAAUAAUAUCAUGCCAAGCUUAAAUAAUAUUAAACUAUAAGUAAACCAGCCUCCUUAAUGUUCAAAAUUAUUGAUUACUCGUUCUAAUAACUUGGCAUUAGCUGAUAUUAUAGUAGUUAGUACUUGCGAAAUUUCAAAUGAUUCCCCUUAUAAAUAUUAGCUUAAGUUAUUUUUGAGAGACUCAGACUUGACAGAUUUUUUGCAAGGUGGAUCUGAUAACUCUUUAACUCUUUAAGCAUUUUAAGCCUAAAAUUAAUUUUCAAUUUAAACUCCUACCUCGAUUGACUCUUCAAAAAUUGGAAUUUUAGUUUAAGUCCUUGAUAAUGGAGGAUCUAUGACUCAAAUUUUUGAAUAAAUUACUGUGAAACCUGCAAAAAUAAAUUGUACCUCAAUUUAAUUUUAGAACUUGAAUUUACAAGGCAAGGUAUCUUUACUAUUUGAAGCAAUGAAUUAAAAAUGCAUGGACCUACAUCCUAGAAUUUAUAAUAAUUUGCUAUAAUAAUCAAUGUCAGAAGAUUCAAAUGAUAAUAUUCUGAAAUUUCAAUCAAUAAAAUUAUAUAAGCAAUCUUUAAUCUAAUCUAUGUAAAGUGAACCUUUAGAUAACUUAAAAAUUGAUAGGUGCUUUGAUAUCAACUCGACUCAUAUAUUUAUUAUGUAAAAUUCUACCUAGCCUGAAGUUGAUUUAACAGUGAAAAUAUAAAAUAUAAAAUAAAAUACAAAUAAUUUAAACAAAACCCUAACAUACUUUAGAAAACUAAAAAAACAAUGUUAGGAUGAGCUUUUACUAAAUUAAUAUACUUGGAAUGAAUAAGUCUUUCAACAGUUUUAAAGUUCACAAGAUUGCAUAAGAACUUAAUUAUACUACCUAGAUGACAUUUAUUCAAAUUUUUCAUCUAUACAUUAACAAAAUGAACUACUUUAUUAGGCUGUUCUUGAUUUGACAAAAUUCAUUCCUUUAAUUUCAGAGGAAACAUAAAAUAGAAUUAUAGUAAAUUAAGAGCCCUUGAUCGUUAAUGGAAAUGAAAUUAUAUGGCAAAUGAAAAGAAGAACAAAAUCAUCAUUCAAUUCAUAAUUUAAUAUUGAAGCAGCCUAAGAAGAUUUUCUUGUAGAUUAUAUAUAAUUUGAAUCACUUUAAUUUUAAACAAAUCCGUUAAGAUUCAGUUCAGAACUAUAAGAUUUACUCAAAUCUUAAUUUAAUGACUCAACAUUAAAAAUAUACUCAUAGAAUUACUAUCUAACAUAAUUGAAAAAUGUCUAUCAUAAUAGAUUUAUAUUAUAUGAAAAUUUUUCAACUAUUUAUGGCACAAAAUUUGGAUCCUAUCAAGUUUGCAAUAAUACUACAUAAUUUUUAUCAGAAUAUGAGAUUUAAUGUGUAACGAGGACAGUAUCUGGAAAAUUGGAUUAUUGCCAUUUAAAUAAACUUUAAUAUAACAGUACUAUAGAAAUAAUUUGUGAGUGUAAUAAGUUUGGUGAUAUUUUCCUUUAAACCACUACGAAUUUUAGUCUUCUAAAUGAAAAUAUGGCUAAUUAAUCAUAAUCUGAUUCUCAAAUUAUUUCCACAUCAGAAAAUUUUUUGACUAUAGAAAUUUGUAUCAGCUCUUUAUCAUUUAUAUUUUUGUCUAUUUACACUAGAUAAAUAUAUAAAGAUAACUAAAACGAGUAAGGCAGGUCUAAUACUGAAUAAUUGAAUCUGAGCCCCAGAAACAACUUUCAUUUCAAUAAAUUGACAUAUUAAGGUAAUUUACAAGUAUUCAAGGAGAGAUUUAAAGUAACUUUAUAUUUCUAUUUUAGUAAAUUCAUUAAACAAUUUCGCUAUUUAAUUAUAAAGACUAAAGUAUUCAACUAAGUUAUCGAAUUUUAGAAGUACUCUCCUAAUUUAAUUUAUUAUUAACUUUAGCAAUUGUUGAAUUUGAGAUGUUAGAUAAUUAAAUACUUUACAUCUGUUUAUUCAUCAUUCUAAACCCUUUCAUCAUUUUAUUAAUGAAAUUUAUUUACAAGAUAAUAGAAACAAUAUAUAGAUUCAAAAGGAUAGCCGCUUUCAUUAGUCACUUUCUUCUUAUUUUGUUUUUAAUGAUCCCUAAUCUUAUUACAUAUGUUCUUAGCAUUAUGAAGUAUAUAUUAUACUAUUUUGAAGAAAAAUAUCACCUGAAGAAUACAAAGUAGCAUUAAUCUUUACGGGCAACAUACUAGUAUCUCAAGUGCUUUUUGAACCAGUUAUAGUUUUCGGAAGAAUUUUCAUUUAUAGAAUAAUAGCUAAAAGUAUAAAAAAUAUGGAACUCAAUCCUGUGUUUCAUUUAAUGUACUUUCUAGCAAUGCAUAGCAGUUUAGAAGAAAUAUUCGAAGAUUUCACAAGGAUUUGA